CUCCUUCUCCGCCACCCCCCUCCCCCGUCUCUCUAGUUCUCUCGGCUCAUGUAGAUGUACAGCAGCCUGGAUGAGGAUAUAGGGGGAACCUUGUUGCUUCCCUGAAACUGCCUGCCUGCCUGCGCUCUGCUUUAGCUGGGAGGACCGUUUGCGCACGUCCCCAUCCAUGUCUCACCAAAGCUGCCCCGCAUCUCCGGAGGGAGCUGCAUUCAUUACCACCACAGCUUGUGGUUACUAAAUGGUAUUCAGGAGGAGGAUUUCUAACCGGCGAGAUGCUCCUCUUACUUCUGCUGGCAGCCUUCUCUUCUUCCAUCUCCAGCUCCCUGUCCUUCAACCACUCCUACAUGUCAGACGGACCCCCCAUGGCAGACCCAUCCACCUCGGACUUGGUGGCCGAGACCUGCAGCGCCUGUUCCUGCUUCUCGCUGGAGAACGUGUUGUACGUUAACUGCCAGGAGAACUUGGUGUAUCGUCCCACACAGCUUAUUCCCCCAGCCUCCUCCUUGUAUCAUCUGAACUUCCAGAAGAAUAAUUUAGUCAUCCUCUACCCAAACUCGUUCCUCAACUUCACCCAUGCUGUAUCGCUACACCUGGGGAACAAUAACCUGGAGAACAUUGAAGGUGGAGCAUUUAUGGGCAUGAGUGCAUUAAAACAGCUUCACCUAAACAACAAUCUUCUAAGUGUGCUGAGAGCUGACACUUUCCAAGGCAUUGAAAAUUUGGAAUACCUUCAAGCCGACUAUAAUGAAAUUAAGUCCAUUGAAAAGGGAGCUUUUAACAAACUGCACAAGUUGAAGGUGUUGAUACUGAAUGAUAACCUCAUUCACGGACUUCCUGACAACAUAUUUCGAUUUGCCUCACUCACACACUUGGAUAUAAGAGGGAACAGGAUUCAAAAGCUCCCUUAUCUGGGAGUUCUGGAGCAUAUUGGACGCAUUGUCGAACUGCAGCUGGACGACAACCCGUGGAAUUGUACCUGUGAUUUAGCCCCCCUUAAGGCAUGGCUUGAAAACAUGCCGUACAAUAUUUUUAUUGGUGAGGCAGUUUGUGAAACACCAAGUGACUUAUAUGGGAGGCUUCUGAAAGAAACCAAAAGACAGGAGCUCUGUCCCUUGGGGACAGGAAGUGACUUUGAUGUGAGGAUGCCACCUAUGCUACCAGAUAACGGACAGGGGCCCUCCAAAGUAUCUCCAACAACUUUGGCUCCUGUUGUCACAAAAGCCCCAAAAUCCACUGACUCAUCCAAGAUUUACGGGAAUGGGAUUGUGGCUGGUUUUCCACCAUUUGGAAGAAACAGCCAGAUCACCUCAUUUCAGACAAGGACCCCUCCGCUCCUGUGUCCACAGCCGUGUAGCUGUAGUGCCCAGUCCCUAGACUCAGGCUUAAGCAUAAGCUGUCAAGGGAAGAACAUUAAAAGUGUAGUUGAUCUAAACCCGAAGCCUCCAAACACCAAGAAACUUCAUCUAAGUGGGAAUUAUAUUCGUGAUAUCGGCCAAACAGAUUUCCAAGGGUUUGAGAGCUUAGAUUUGCUCCAUCUUGGCAGCAACCAAAUCGUCACAUUGCAGAAAGGGGUCUUUUCAAACCUGUCUAAUCUGAAAAAACUGUACUUAAAUGGAAACCAAAUUGAACAGUUACAUCCAGAUAUGUUUGUGGGCCUAAAAAGCCUCGAGUAUCUGCAUUUGGAAUACAAUGCCAUAAAAGAAGUCUUGGCUGGCACUUUUGACUCCACACCAAGCCUGCAGUCCCUGUUUCUCAACAACAAUGUCCUGCGGAACCUCCCUGCUUACAUAUUUGCGAGUGUUCCUUUAUCCAAGCUCAAUUUGAAGAACAACCACUUCAUGACAUUACCAGUGAGUGGUGUGUUGGACCAGCUGCGGUCACUGACCCACAUAGACUUAGAGGGGAACCCAUGGGAGUGCUCCUGCGAUGUGGUCGCCCUCAAGCUGUGGCUACAGAGGCUAAAUGAUGGUGUGACUGCAAAAGAGGUGAAAUGCACCUCCCCACCACAAUUUUCCAACAUAGAGCUGCGCCUCAUAAAAAAUGAGGUUCUUUGCCCCAAGCUCGCAAGACCGCGGCCUAUUGUGACCGGUGCCACCCCAUUUCUGACCUCAGCGUCACCCACACGAGUUGGCAAAGCACCUCCAGGAGGGCCUGUGCCUCUCUCGAUUAUGAUCCUCAGCAUCUUAGUAGUGCUUAUCCUUACUGUGUUUGUGGCCUUCUGCCUUCUGGUCUUUGUCCUGAGGCGGAAUAAGAAACCGGUGGGCAGGCAGGAAGGACUGGGAAAUCAGGAGUGCGGUUCCAUGUCACUGCAGCUCCGCCGGCACAGCCACAAAUCUGGCAAAAAAGGCUCUAUCCCUGGAGACGACUUGGGCGGGGAAACCUUUAUUCCCCAGACCAUUGAGCACAUUGGAAAAAGCCACACGUGUGGGAUUGGACGCUCUUCUGACAUGGACGCUGGGUUCAAGUUUGCCGACUCGCAGAGACAGAAGAUCAUCCUUCGCAACUGUGCCGACAAGGAUAAGGACUUGUAUUCCACCCUGGAGCGCAACAAGCGCCUCAGCACCAUCGACGAGCUUGAGGAGUUUCUCCCCAACCGGGAGCCCAGCAUGUUCAUCCACAACUUCUUGGACAGCAAAAGAGACUUCAACAGUAUAGGAAUGGGUGGGUACGAAAUCCGUUACCCAGAGAAAACACUGGAUAGAAAGAUGAAGAAAACUUCUCUGAUAGGUGGGAAUCACAGUAAGAUCGUGGUGGAGCAAAGGAAAAGUGAGUAUUACGAGCUGAAAGCCAAGCUCCAAGGGACGCCUGAUUACCUGCAGGUGCUCGAGGAGCAGACUGCCCUCAGUAAAAUGUAGGGACUAUUGUGUUUGAUUUUCUGCAUUGAUUACAGCCACAUACACAAAGGCAGCCCAACUCCUGCUGACAGACAGACCGACACUUCUGUCUAUCUCUUGUUCUUUGUCCUCCCCUCUCCACAAACACUAUUCAGUCUCUCAAAUCUCUGCUCGUCUGUCUUCAGCUCUUUCUCUCUGCAGUCACACACACACACCGACACACACAUUCAGAGCAAGUAAAAGUGCCUUCUGGAAAUCCUUAAUGACCAAUGCAGAGAUAGACAAAAUGGCUCCGCACUACAAAGCUAUUACUAGUAUCCGCUUGGAUUUAUUUCAAAGAAAAAGACCUUUUUGGAAUAUACAUGCCACUACCUGUAUGAAUCUGGCCAACAUACCACAGGACAUCCUACAAAGCAACCAUACCAUUGUAGUAUUUUUUGCUGCUAUCAAAAUUUGUGUUUUUUUUUCUUUUCCUUUCCAACUGCUUUUUUUCUCAGCCAAAUCAAAGUCUUGAAAACUUUGCUUGAGAAUAUACCUCACCAUCAUCAGCAGUACCCGUUUAAAAAAUAAGGAAAAAAAAAACAGCAAAAGGAGGGACAUCUGUUGUUUAUGUUUCAUUUAAAUUGCUUCUCAUGGAAUUGCAAUUGACAGACCUAGGUAUGGAUGCUAUUUUUUUGUUUUCUUUUUUUUUUCAUGGGGGUCGGUUGUCUGCUCCUGGGGAAACUGUGAAGUCCGCUGCAGACUUUCUGUCACUUUGUCUGGAUUGCUGGGAGAACAAACAGGUCCUGUAUUUAACUGAUGGGCAAUGAAGGCACAGCAAACCUCUUUCUAAAAAUGAUUUUUAUAACUUGUUUUCUUUGUGUAAAGAGCCAUGUUAAAUAUAGUGUCUUCUGAAUGGAGUUGUGUUUCUCUUCAAACUUGCUACUUACAUUAUGUUUCGGGGUGAAAUCUAACGGCACAUAUACUGUCGAAGGACUUUUUUGAAGGACAAUAUAAAUAAAAAACAAGAAAAAAAAAUUACAAAGCUGCUUGCCAUGUAAGCGUAACCUGGAAUUUAUUUUGUAAGUCUUACAUUAUUUGUAUUUGUGGGACUGGUUUGUAAAUGACAAGGAAAGACUAACACUUCAACAGAAACACAUACUCAUACUGUGCGCCGGAACAUCUUCACCGAGAGACUUCAAGCCAGAAUGGUCCAACAACCUGUACUAGAAUCUAAUCUCUUACCCUUGUCAACACUCAAUUCGUAGUAAAAAAAAUCAACAACUUAGUUAAUUUAUUUUUCUAAGCGAGAUUAUGUAAAGAAUUACUGAUAUUAAAAGAAUACUACAAGAGAACUUGUGAGAAUGUCCUGGAGUAAACGAAGGCGUUAGAAGCGACUGCUGAGUUGUUAAAAGAGGUUUUUGUUUCUCUCAGUUUCCCUCUGGGAGAAGGGUUGUGAAAUGUGAUCUGUACUGUUUCCUUUCUGUUGUGCCACAGGACAAGCCGAGGCCUCCUACAGUUUGAGGUUUCAAGUAGUUUCCCUGUUCUUAUAUCUCCCAGAGUAUAAUGUAAAAGUUUCUUUUUUUUUUUUUUUUUUUUUUAAAUCAACAUUAUGCAACCAAAAAUAAAUGUGCAUUAACUUUAAUAUGCUUUUGAGGUUUUUGGCGUUGGCAAAAAGGGGGUUUAUUUAGACAACAAGGGGUUGCAAAGUUCAAAACUGUCGGAAAUGUGCAAUACAAGAAGACUUGCUCAGACAUGAUGGCUUCAAGUAACUUUGUUUAUUAUUAUUAUUUUAUAGUUUGAGGUUAUGCUGUCCAGACAAGUUAUAUAUUUCAAAAUUCAUUCUGCUAGCUACCUGGUCCUUAUUUAAAAAAUACUGUUAAGUUCAAAUUACCAGUGUUUUUGACAUUACAGAUGGAUAGAAUGUAUCAUGAAAAGUAUAAUAAAUACAAUUUUAUAUUGGUCUAAAUUUCCUGUAUAUUGGUUAAUUUUCCCUUGUAUAUUCAUGUUGAAGUCAAGGUAUUAAAAUCAGCACCUAUUUGCA